UAAAGGUUUAACUUGAUAAAACAAAUUUAACUUUACAGUGGUAAUGUAAAAGACAAAAAAAUUUUUUUUAUACUACAAAUUAUUUAAUUUUAUACAUUUUUUAUGUAGCUGAAAAAGAAAUUUUUAAAAGAAAUUAUGAUGGAAGUAAACAAAUAUGAAAACUGGAUUUUUAAUAUACGAUUGGCAAAAAUUCUUGGUUACUAUUAUAUUCUUAAUCCAAAAACCGAAAGAAGUCUUAAAUAUUUUUGUUUUAUCGUGAAAUUGGGUAUUAUUUAUGUAGCAGUAAUAUCAACGUCUCUUUUUUUUGGACUGUACCACUGGAAAAAUGACAUAAAUCAGUUUACAUUACAGCUUGUCGUAUUUCAAAAUAUAAUCUUUGCUAUCUACAGAAUAUGUAUAAUUAUGAAGGAUUCUGAAAUUAUUUGGGAUAUCUUACAAAUAACUAAUCUUGAAUUCUUGUCUAUUAAAAAUUAUAAUAAGAAUUUUUUGAACCUAUGGCGAGACAUAUCAAUAAAAUUCACCUAUUUAAUUGCAAUAUUAACUUUUUAUUUAUUAUUAACUUGGUCAGCCAGUGGAUAUAUUUUUAAUAAUAGUUAUGUAAUUGCAAAAAAUCAUGAUGGUUCAUACAGCAAUUAUCAUUUGAAUGUUUAUAAUGUAUAUUUUUUAGUUUCAGCAGAUACUUAUAAUACAUAUUUUCCAAUUUUUCACAUAAUCGAAACUUUAUAUGCAUUUAUUUACUGUUUAUUUAUGUUAACAUCAGAUACAGUUUUAAUAUCAGUAUGUUUAUCAAUAACAGGUCAAUUAGAAGUAAUUAAUGAUAGCUUUAUAAAUGUUGAAAUGUCGUACAAAGAAAAUAUAUUACGACAAAGUAUCUAUGUUAAUAAAUUUCAAAAAAAUGUUAUAUUUGACUUGAAAAAUAUUAUUUACAAUAGUCAAAAUGUAAUUCGAAAAAUGGAGCAAUUUUAUAAUUUAUUCAGACGAUUAAUUUUGAUCCAAAUUGUAAUAUUGUCUACUUCUUUGGUACUUUUUUCAUAUACUGGAAUGUUGCACUUCAUGCAUGGCGGAAUGGUUAAUUCAAUCCAGACUGUUAAACUUAUUUCAGCAUUUUUAGUUUUCGUUGUUCAAUUAUUUAUACUUUGCUUUAUUUUUGGGAUUAUAAAUGACAGGAAAGAUUCAAUGGUAUUUGGAGUUUAUAACUCGAAAUGGACAGAAAUGAACUUAGAAAGUAAAAAGCUUGUUUUACUAACUAUGAUAAUGAAUAAUUCUCAUCAAUCAAAAAUGAAAAUAUCUAAAUAUAAAAUCGUCGAUUUAACUAUGUUUUUAGCUGCAUUAAAAAUGUGUUAUUCGGUACUUUCAGUGUUAAAGAAUACACAACUAAGCAAUAACCAAAUUUAAAUGAUGGAUACAAAAGAUGGAUACAAAAUAUUAAAAAGGGAAAGAAUAAAAAUUAAAAUUAAAACGUAUAAAAAAGCUAGUUAAAAAUAUAUAUAUAAAUAAACUUUUGUUUAGAUUCUGUAUAUUUAGUAAUAGGAUACAAAACAUUAUUUGCGGGUGUAAAUUUAAAAUUUUCUAUGUGAGUGUACUGUAAAAAUCACUUUUUUUGCUAUUUAGGCUAUACAUUUGUCUAGCUAAUAAAAAGUUCAACACGUUAAAAAUCAAAUAAUUUAUUCAGUAAAUAAGUUUUAUAUAACUUCAAAAUAUCACUAUGGAAAACCUUAGAGAUCACUAUAUUUAAUAUUCUUAAUUUUUAAACAAAAAGCUUCUAUCUUAAGUUAAA